GGCGGCUGGGCAGCCAUGGCGUACAAUGGCCUCACGGUGCCUCUCAUCAUGAUAAGCGUGUUCUGGGGCUUUGUCGGCUUCUGCGUGCCCUGGUUUAUCCCUAAGGGUCCCAACCGGGGAGUUAUCAUCACCAUGUUGGUAACCUGUUCAGUUUGCUGCUAUCUCUUUUGGCUGAUUGCAAUUCUGGCCCAACUCAACCCUCUCUUUGGACCACAGUUGAAAAAUGAAACCAUCUGGUACCUCAAGUAUCAUUGGCCUUGAGGAGGAAGACCUGCUCUCCAGCGCUCAGUCAUUGAGGUCACGAAGAGAAUUCCUCUAGAUGCAAAAUCAACUCCAAACCCAGACCGCCUUCUUUGACUUGCCUAUUUUGGCCAUCAGCUGCCUUAAACAUUCACACCAUAUUUGAAUAUCUUAUUCUACAAUGCAGUAUUUUUUCCUGUUGCCUUUUUUUUUUACAUUUUGAUGAAUUAUGUGCCUACUUAACCUAAACUGUGCUGACUCCAUAAAAUGUUUAUGCACUCUUCUGAGAUAGAGGGUGCUAUUCUUCUGAGAAAUACAUUGCUCUCUCCUUGGAACCAGUGAAUUUGAAGAUGACUCCUGCCUGGUCACAACAUGGGAAUCAGCAAAGUGUUUAAAAACUGUCACAAGACAAGGCAGUCAGUAGGAGAGCAUGUUCAGAGGGAAUAUCUGUCCCAACAGAAUUACACCAAAGUAUAUUUUCAGGAUGACUUUCUUAUUUCUGCCAUCUAAUGGAAUAAAUUAUUUUUCAGCUUUCUGUGGAAAAAUUAAAAAAAUUAAAACUAAAAAAAGAAAUCAACUAUAGAGGAAAUUUUGGAAAUUUACAAGUUAUGUGAAAAUGUAAUUGAGUAUCCAACUGGUCAGAGAAGAAAGUAUAAUAAAUACUUUGAGAUGAAUCAAAAUGAAGAUACAACAGACCAAAACUAUGGGAUGCAUCAAAACAGUAGCUAGUUGAAAAUGUGUAGCUAUAAAUACCUAUAUCAAGGAAAGAUCUCAAGGGCACCUGGAUGGCUCAGUGGUUGAGCAUCUGCCUUUGGCUCAGAGUCUUGGGAUUGAGUCCCACAUCAGGCUCCCCAGCAGGGAGCCUGCUUCUCCCUCUGCCUAUAUCUGUGCCUCUCUCUCUGUGUCUCUCAUGAAUAAAUAAACUUAAAAAUCUUAAAAAAAAAAACUCUCAAAUUUAGUGGCUUAACCUUUCACCUUAAUGCACUUGAAAAAAAGAACAAAACCUAAAGUAAACAGAAGAAAGUAAAUAAAGAUUAGAACGAAGUAAAUGAAGGAGAACAGAAAGACAAUAGAGAAAUCAGUGAAACCAAAGGUUCUUUUUUUUUAAAAGGUCAGCAACUUGACAAGUCUUUAGCUAGAUUGACUAAAAUAAAAUAAAAAGAAACGACAAAUUAUUAAAAUCAGGAAUGAAAAGGGACAUUACUAGCAAACUUAUAGUAAUUAAAAUAAAAAACCUAUAGGGGAAUGCUAUAAACAAUUCUGUGCCAAUAAAUUAGGUAAUUUAGGUUAAAUAAACAAAUUCUUAGAAAGACAAACUACCAAAACUGAUUCAAGAAGAAAUAUAAAUCUGAAUAAUAGACCUAUAACAAGAAAUUGAAUUGGUGUUAAGAAAAAUAUACCCACAAAAAAAAAAAAAGAAAAGAAAAAUAUACCCACAAAGAAAAAACCCUGGACCCGGAUGGCUU